UUUGUAGUCAAUUCGACGGUACACAAGAGUAAAGAUUUUCCAAUACAGAAUAUAAAAACUUCGGGAUGGCAGAAAUAGCUACCAUCAAAUGUCGCGCAACUAAGUUAGGUUUGGUUACCUACUCGAUAUUCAAAUGGCUCCUAACACUCCUCCAUGACAGUAAAAGUAUUCGUCGUCAUCCAUGGUCCUCCUCUGGCCUAUGGUCUUCCAACCAGAAUUCUUUUUGAAUGAAAUCUCCAAAUGCCCUAUGAAAUUCCCAUAUUGUCUCAAGUAAAGUGCUUAGUCUACAGCGGGCGCUCCUGCCGCUUUGACGCUUUCAAGAACUGUGCACUUUCAGUUGAUCUUUGCGCAUAUAUAUGAUAUUGUUAACAGUACAUUAUCCUGUUAUGUUCAAGAAUAAAAACAAGUUGUUCAACUAGCUGUCUGUGUAGCUCUGAACUAGGCCCUUUCAUGAGGCCUGCUAUAUUAAAACUUUGGAUUGAUCGAUGGAUUUUUGUACAUAUUUUUUUUUCUUUAUCAGUCGGUUUCGUAAACUGUCUGCAAGCCAGUUUUCUAAUCUUGAUUCUCUAGUCGUCGCCAGAAAGAGUAUACUGGAAAACUAAUGGUUAUUCCAAUGAGCAAAUCGGUAGCUUCUAUCCUUUCCACAAAAGUUUCGCGGGUUACGCCAUUGAAAUAGCACUUAUUAUGUAGUAGCUAAAAGUAAAAAUAGUAUGCCAGUAAAUUUUCUCAUUUUUAGACUGCAUAUAACUUGAAAACCUCAGGUCCCUAUAUCCAAUUGCUUGUUAGUCCAAGUAUUGCACGUGUGGGAGUCAUUCGAUGCCACUGUUGGCGAAUCGUACGUGAGCUAACAGCACGCGUUGCAAAUCUAGUUGUAAUAUCGUAGGAGAUCAAACCUUUGUCGAAUGUUUUUACCAUUAGUUGUCGAUCAUUGAUUGGCUGAGAAAAUUAAUGGAAAUGGAACUGGGUAAAUUCUAUGUAAAUUUAUAAAUAUAUUGUUCACUUUUAUUUUGCCAUGAGCUAUUGCUGCUUUAAUUUUUUUCCCUACCAAGUUAUAGCUUAGUCUGAGAGCAUGAAGGUAAUCUUUAAUUUCAAGUUUUGGUUGGAUAAAUUUUUAUAUAGCUACUGUAUCUGGAUUAAUACCUUUUUCAAACAGGAAAUACGUUACAAGAAAAUUUUCUUUACGGUAGUCCUAACGUUCUAUACAUUGAAAGUAGAGGCAUCCUAUAACAACAAAACAAAUGGUAAGUUUCUUUUAAAAAUUGCACAAAUCAAACUUAAUUUACAUGUAUUCACCCUUAAGAGACUAUACAGAACUGUAGCAACAAUAGCAAAAAGAUUUUGUUUGUAUUUGUAAGUUUUUUGUAGACUUUAAAAAAAAUUUUUUUUUUCAUUCAAUUAAUAUUCCUGAAUUCUUAUUAUUUUUUUUUGGUAGCAGCUUUUUACCGGGCUCGUUACGACCCGAAAAUGUCAACUUGCUAUUGUAUCGAUAAUGUCGAUAGUGUUAAAAGUUUAAUUCCUUGAGUGCAAAAAGAACCUAAUACUUUACACAGUUUUCAGCAUUUUUUAUUGCUUUUACUGAAUAACGUUUUGCUUCUACCACCGAUAGCGUUAACCUUAAAUGUUGCUAAAAUCGAGAAAAUGUUUAUUGCAGAAGAAAGCGCACUGUCCAACUAUGAAAUCAAAAUGUUAUCUGAGCAAAUUACUAAUGUAAGUAUCAUAUUUUGUGCUUUUUCAUUAGUAACCUUUGUUUUACAGUUUUAUCCGUUUUUAAUAUUUAUAUUAAUUUUAUGGCAGUUUUCAUUUUUAGUAUUCUUAUCUUCUUACUUUCGAUUAGAACACAAAUUUUAUCACGAUGAGUGAACAACUCAUUGCCCUAAAUAAUCAGAUGGAAGAAAUUCAGGGUUCCCUAAAAACAGAGAUCAGUUCAAUUGCAGAGAAGUUUUCAACAGUUCAAGACACCUUGGAUAGCCAGUCAUAUACGCAAAUUCAACUGAUAAUCAAACUGCCUGUGCUGGAAGAAUCGACAAACAGUAUACGAGAAAAGAUGAUAAGCAUUGAAGAAGGACUAAACAAAACACAUAUGGCCCAAAAAAAGCUGGAAAACAGUGAAAUUCUACAGUCUGAGCGCACGCAACCUAAUUCUAAUUUGUAUGAUGCAAAAAAAAAAGUAGCUUUUUUCGCCCAACGAAAUAGUAGUUACGGCAACCAGGGUUCUAUUAUUCCGUACACAAGUAGUCAUUUGAACUUGGGUAACUCGUUAGACUUAACUUCUGGACUAUUUACUGUGCCAGUUAGAGGAAUUUAUCACUUUCAUUUUACAGCCUUGAAGACCAAAAAGGAAAGUUGCGGAACCAGCCGCCUAACAGUCCAACUCAUUCAACUCGGGACCCCUAAUAAAAUGUUGGCGGAAGGCCAUCUAAAUUCCAACGACUGGUAUGGUUGGUUUCCAGUGCAUUUGGAGGCAAUGGUUCUUCUUCAGAAAAAUGAUCUUGUCGGAGUUCAGUUAUUAGAAGGUUCCAUUCAUGAAAGUGGUCAACUAAGUCAGCUUACUGGUUUUUUUGGAUUUCUUGCCAGCGAAAUCGUUUAGUUACGUUAACUACGUUCAAUCUGUUAUUCGCGUAAAAUUGUUUUGCCUUAUCAUUUUUAACGUUUUUUUUCAAAAUUAAAAGAUUUACCGC